AUCCGCUCCCGUAUAAAACAAAAAUGGCGUCGUACAGCAGACGCUUCAUACUCGUCGUAAUUUUCGUUAAAUAAUGCAAGUAGAAAAAUUACCAUGGAUAAUUUCGUUUAGUAUCAUUGCAUGCAGGAGAAUAUUCAUUUGAUUUGCACCAAAACAUGACUGAUUCUGUCAGGAAAAUGGAAAGCUAGCCGAAAAUUCUAUGGCAUGUCCUGUCGCACGACUGCUUUUUUGUGCGUUUUCAAAGACUUGAUAUAUCAAUGAUUACUCUUGGUUCUAACUAAACAGUUGAACAGAGUACCUGUGAAUGUGUACAUGGGAUGGACAAAUGUCACCAUAAAGCCAGCAUUCUUCUCUAUGGGUACAAAAAUGUCAGCAAAACUGAUGUACGCCAGAGUUGGAUUAAGCAUCCAGAGUGCACCACCUCGUCAAACUAAGACGAUGGAAGAACUUUUUCCUGCACAUGACAGGUUUAUAAAUUACAGCAAUGCAUUGGAUACUAUCCCCCGAGCCGCCUGUGCCCACACUUGCAGUGCCUCUAGUUGAAGACCUCAUCUCUAGCCAGGAAUUUAUUUCUGCAGAGAAUCCAAUCGCUUGGAUGAAGCAAAAAUUAAUGAUAAAUGAGCAAGAAAUCCAACAGAUUGCCUGUCUUACCACUGGUCAAAAGGAAAAUUGCAUCUGUUAGGAAGAAUAGAUCAACAGCUUCAAACUUUGGUUGUGUUUUGGCAGCGAUCAAGAGAAAUAGAUAUCCUGUCUCCUUAUACAAAAGAUUAUGCUCAGCUUAUGAUCUGUCAAAGAAGGAUGCCAUUAUUUGGGGGACGUGCAAUGAAAAAGUCGCAAUUGAAAAGUAUAGAACUUUUGGGGAUGCAGUUGUAGAGCCAACAGGUAUCUGGCUACACUGUAAUGGGGUUCUUGGGUCAAGCCCCGAUGGACUCAUUCGUCGUCCUGCUGCAUUCGGAUUCAGCUAUCAGAAUCCAGGACUCGCUGACAUAUCAGAGAUGUCAAACGUUAAGCCAGAAAUACUGGAGGUGAAAUGCCCCUUUUCAGCAAAGAAUUUGACAAUUCCAGAAGCUUUUGAAAAAGUACACGAUUUCUGCCUAGGUAAUAAUAGUGUGUAUGUAUUUGUUUGAAUACGUUUCAUGUACUGAGAUAUUACUUUAAAUAAUUCCAAUAUAUUAGUUUGGAUAAAUUUAAGUACAAUUUAGCAAUUGUUAAAAAAGUUUUUUCCUUCUGUUGUAAUGUUAGUCCUCAAGGCAGAUGAUUUGCCUUCUCACUUUAUUGUACAGUAAGGAACAAAAUACUUAUACAUGUAAAUAUUUAUUAGUUAAAUAGUUUUGUCUUAUAUUAAUGAUUGAGGCACCAA